GCUGCUGAUGUCCUGCUGCAACAUGGAGCAAAUGUCAAUGUUCAGGAUGCAGUUUUUUUCACUCCAUUACACAUAGCAGCAUACUAUGGACAUGAACAGGUAACCCGUCUUCUUUUGAAAUUUGGCGCUGAUGUAAAUGUAAGUGGUGAAGUUGGAGAUAGGCCCCUCCACCUAGCAUCUGCAAAAGGAUUCUUUAAUAUUGCAAAGCUCUUGAUGGAAGAAGGCAGCAAAGCAGAUGUGAAUGCCCAGGACAAUGAAGACCACGUCCCACUGCAUUUCUGUUCUCGUUUUGGACACCAUGACAUAGUGAAGUACCUGCUCCAGAGCGAUAUCGAAGUUCAGCCGCACGUUGUUAAUAUCUAUGGAGAUACCCCUUUGCACCUGGCAUGCUACAAUGGCAAAUUUGAGGUCGCCAAGGAAAUCAUCCAAAUAUCAGGAAUAGAAAGUCUGACUAAAGAAAACAUCUUCAGUGAAACACCUUUUCACAGCGCUUGUACCUAUGGUAAGAGCAUUGACCUGGUUAAAUUUCUUCUUGACCAGAAUGUUAUAAGCAUCAACCACCAAGGAAGAGAUGGGCACACGGGAUUGCACUCUGCUUGCUACCAUGGUCACAUUCGUCUGGUUCAGUUCUUACUGGAUAAUGGAGCCGAUAUGAAUCUGGUAGCUUGUGAUCCCAGCAGAUCUAGUGGUGAAAAAGAUGAGCAGACCUGUUUGAUGUGGGCUUAUGAAAAAGGACAUGAUGCGAUUGUCACACUUCUGAAGCAUUAUAAGAGACCACAGGAUGAACUGCCCUGUAAUGAAUAUUCUCAGCCUGGAGGAGAUGGCUCCUAUGUGUCUCUUCCAUCUCCCUUGGGGAAGAUAAAAAGCAUGACAAAAGAAAAGGCAGAUGUCCUCCUCCUAAGGGCUGGAUUACCCUCACAUUUCCAUCUUCAACUCUCAGAAAUUGAGUUCCAUGAGAUUAUCGGCUCAGGUUCCUUUGGGAAAGUAUAUAAAGGACGGUGCAGAAAUAAAAUAGUGGCUAUAAAACGUUACCGAGCCAACACCUACUGCUCCAAAUCAGAUGUGGAUAUGUUUUGCCGAGAGGUGUCCAUUCUCUGCCGGCUCAAUCAUCCCUGUGUAAUUCAGUUUGUGGGUGCUUGCUUGAAUGAUCCCAGCCAGUUUGCCAUUGUCACUCAGUACAUAUCAGGGGGUUCUCUAUUCUCCCUCCUUCAUGAACAGAAGAGGAUUCUUGAUUUGCAGUCUAAAUUAAUUAUUGCAGUAGAUGUUGCCAAAGGUAUGGAGUACCUUCACAACCUGACACAGCCAAUUAUACACCGUGACUUAAACAGUCACAAUAUUCUUCUCUGUGAGGAUGGGCAUGCUGUGGUGGCAGAUUUUGGAGAAUCAAGAUUUCUACAGUCUCUGGAUGAAGACAACAUGACAAAACAACCUGGGAACCUCCGCUGGAUGGCCCCUGAGGUGUUCACGCAGUGCACACGCUACACCAUCAAAGCUGACGUCUUCAGCUACGCUCUGUGUCUGUGGGAACUUCUCACUGGUGAAAUCCCAUUUGCUCAUCUCAAACCAGCGGCUGCCGCAGCAGACAUGGCUUACCACCAUAUCAGACCUCCCAUUGGCUAUUCCAUUCCCAAGCCCAUAUCAUCUCUGCUGAUGCGAGGGUGGAAUGCAUGUCCUGAAGGAAGACCCGAAUUUUCUGAAGUUGUUACCAAGUUAGAAGAGUGUCUCUGCAACAUUGAGCUGAUAUCUCCUGCAUCAAGUAACAGCAGUGGGUCUCUCUCACCUUCCUCUUCUUCUGACUGCCUGGUGAGUCGUGGAGCGCCUGGCCGGAGCCAUGUGGCAGCUUUACGGAGUCGUUUUGAAUUGGAAUAUGCUCUAAAUGCAGGGUCCUAUGCUGCCUGGUCCCAAAGUGCUGGACAGUGUUCCUCUCAAGGCCUGUCUUUGGAGGAGAUGAAGAGAAAUCUUCAGUUCCCACCCAUUGACAAAUAUGGCUACGUGUCUGAUCCCAUGAGCCCGAUGCAUUUCCAUUCUUGCCGGAAUAGUGGCAGCUUUGAGGACAGCUGCUGACAGCGUUCGCGUAUACCUAAGGAGAGAUUUCCCCCAAACUGACAGCAACAAUUCCUACCAUGGCAGGCUUGCUUCUAAUUAUAAUAUUUUACCCUC